AUGUCAAAGCCCCAGUUCGACCGCGCAGACGCCAGCGCGCUCCUCGACGACAGAGGCUAUCGCGGAGCGCUCAUCAGAGGGCAGAACCCCGCGCUACUCUUCGAAAAGGGUGUGCGUGAGCGCAUCACCGAGUCAUACUACUGGAAGGAGCAAUGUUUCGGUCUGAACGCUGCGACGUUAUGCGAUCGCGCCGCAGACCUCAAGUUCAUCGGCGGCACAACAGGCAUUACCGGCAAGCCUACGCCAUUCUUGUGUCUGGCCUUCAAGAUGCUGCAACUAGUGCCGGACAAGGAGAUUAUACUAGAAUACCUGAACUUUCGCGAUGAUGAGGAGGACGAGGGCCAAGACGCCGAGGUCAAGAAGGAGGAGAACGGCCACACAUCAGAAGACGAAGACGCAACCAAGAAGGCGCUGGACCUGAAUGCAGCAGGCAAACUCGGCGACUUCAAGUACCUGCGCUGCCUCGCCGCCUUCUACAUCCGUCUCGCUUGGGAGCCCGUCGAAAUCUACCAGACCCUCGAACCCCUUCUCACCGAUUACCGCAAGAUAAAGCGACGUCUCAAAGACGCCUUUACACUCACACAUGUUGAUCAGUUUAUCGACGAUCUCCUUACAAAAGACCGGAUAUGCGCGACGAGUCUGUGGAAGUUGCCGUCACGGGCGAACCUGGAGGAUUUGGACAUGCUGGAGCCAAGGGAGAGUCCGUUGGGCGAUGAGAUCGAUGAGCUGGAUGAAGACUUAGACAGAAGAACAAACAGAAGUAUCACGAGCACCGACAUGGUCAGAACACCGCCAACAUCUACAAAGCCACAGAAAUGA